UAUACAAUGGGUUUAUUAUUACUUAUCAGUCUUCCCUUCACAAUUCCCAUAAAAACCCUAGAAAUUUAUGUUAUUUACUGCAUUGCUUUUUCACUUAUAACUCUUCGUUUCUAACAGCUUUACCCUCUCGUUUUAGUACUUUCAUUCCCUUGCAUUUCAAUCCCUGUAUGUUUAGUUAAGUAGGGGAUUCUAUGCAAUAUAUAUUUUUUGAAUUCAAAGAAAUGGUUUGUGGGGUUUUUCUUCUCCUUGUAGUUGCUUAUGAGCUUGCAUUGUCAGAAAUCCGCCAAGGGAGAUAAGGUGAAUACACACAAAUUCAAAGCUGAUAUCCAUCAGGAUCGAGAAGAUAGUGAGGCAAUGGCAAUUGAACCACCAUUUUUUGAGAAAUACAAGGCCAUCUUGCAGAGCUCUGCAAAUGAAAAGGAGAAACCUUCCACGGUUGAAGGCUUUGAAGAACUUGAACUACCUCUGAUUGAUCUUAGUCACUUGAAUCUUGGACCACUUGAGAGACAAGAAUGCAUAGAAAAGAUGGGUCAAGCUGCUAUUGAAUGGGGUUUCUUUCAGAUUGUGAACCAUGCGGUUCCAGAUGAGCUUCUAAACAGGUUGAAGCAAGAACAAAUCAAGGUAUUUCAGCAGCCUUUUGACAAGAAAUCUGAAAACAACUUUUUGAAUUUAUCAGUUCAAAGCUAUCGUUGGGGGAACCCUCUUGCCACUAGCUUGAGGAACCUUUCAUGGUCAGAAGCUUUGCAUAUAUCUCUCAAAGAUAUCUCAAAAAUGGAUGAAUACAAUAAGCUCAGGUCAACCAUUGAAGAGUAUGCAGAAAAAGCUAAUUUCCUGGCUCAAAGAUUGGCUGAAUAUUUAGCACAAAAUUUGGGAAUCAAAGCAAAUUAUUUCCAAGAGAACUGCUCACCAAGCUCUAGUUCUCUUCGAAUGAACAGAUAUCCUCCCUGUCCAUACCCUUCCAUGAUGUUUGGUAUUAUCCCUCACACUGAUACUGAUUUUCUAACCAUUGUAUCCCAAGACCAAGUUGGGGGAUUGCAGUUGAAGAGAAAUGGAAGAUGGGUUAGUGUUAAACCCAAUCCUAAAGCCCUAGUUGUCAACAUUGGUGACUUUUAUCAGGCAUUGAGCAAUGGGGUAUACAAGAGCAUAACUCACCGAGUGAUUGCCAACCAAGAGACAGAAAGGUACUCAGCGGCAUACUUCUACUGCCCCACCUACGAAACAGUGAUAGAAAGCUGCAGCAAGCCAAGUUUGUACAAAAAAUUUAGUUUCAAAGAGUAUAGAGAGCAAAUCCAGAAGGAUGUUAAAGCUACUGGGGACAAAGUAGGGCUUUCUCGGUUUCUUUUGUGAAUUGGAAACUUAAACAAAAAAAAGAGAAAAAGAAAUUCGUUAUUAUUAUUCAUGAGCUUGCUUUCGUAAGUCGCUGCCAUGACAGCUUAGCGAUGCCAUGACAGUGAUGAGUCUUAUAGCUAAGCUACUCCUUGACUCUUGAGUGACACUUUCUAAAAUAAUUGUACUUAAGUUCUUGCAGGCUUCAGCUACGGCUAAUUUGGCUGUUGUUGCUUUAACAUUUUCUGCAACAAGAAUAUAUAUAA